AUGGGCUGCGCUUGUCGAGCAGUACCUAUGCGGUCUUUCAUCACUGGCCUCGCUCAGGUGCAUCAAGUGCAGACACCGUUUACGACCGUUUUCCCGCGAGUUCGACAACCAGUGAUCACACGACAGUUCAGGAGCACGAGACCAUGGUGGAGCGAGGCGCAGGCUUCGGCACCCCCCAGGGAAGAAGCACACGCAAAGCAAGACGACAAUGAUGGGGCUGAGGUGCAUGACGAGCUGCCGACGAACAUCAAAUUUGAGCAUGCGCAAGUAGAGGAUGCCGCCAGCGAUAGGCACCAGAGCCAGACGAGCAAGACGGAGGACAGCCCGAUUAAUGCUGAUAACGAAGACAUCGCACCGAGUUCCGAGCACUUUGAUCCGUCAUCUGCAUCCCGCACUCGUCAAUCCGCCCGGACACCAACCACAAACCGUAAACUUUGGCAAAAAGACCCGCCGCCAAAGCCCGAACCUCUUCCACCUUGGCUGGCCAAACGCCCGCCCCCGGAGCCGAAGCAGCUGCCCAGCUGGCGCGUCCAAAAGGAGGCUCUCAAGGAGAAGUUCCCAGAAGGUUGGGCACCUCGCAAGAGGCUCUCCCCUGACGCCAUGGCAGGCAUCCGGGCCUUGAACGCCCAGUUCCCGGACCGGUACACAUCGGCCACCCUCGCUGAGCGCUUUGAGGUAUCACCUGAAGCGAUCCGACGUAUUCUCAAGUCUAAAUGGCAGCCUAGCACCGAGGAGGAAGAGUCCCGAAACUCGCGAUGGCACAAGCGCGGCAUCAGCGUCUGGGAGCGCAAGGCCGCCCUGGGCAUCAAGCCACCCAAGAAGUGGCGCCAGGAGGGCGUGCGGCAGAGCGACGAGUACCUGGCCCGGAGGAAGUAUGCCAUCAAGAAGGAGCAGGAGAUUGACCAGGAGGAGCGAGCUGCCUACCGCGCAUACCUCGACUCGAAGAAGGAGAAGCCGUGA